AUGUUCCAUGCCCAAGCCUCCAACAUCGCCGGUGGUGUUACCCUUGAUCUAAGAGACCUCAACGAGAUCACUCUUGUCAAUGGAAACGCAGACGUGCGUUUGGGUGUGGGCUUGACCUGGGGAGAGGUCUACGCUCAGCUAGACCCCUUGGGCCUGACCGUUGCUGGCGGAAGAAUCGCGAGCGUGGGUGUUGGUGGCUACAUCGUCGGCGGAGGACUGUCCUUCCUCUCACCAAAGGUUGGCUUCGCUGCUGAUACUGUCUCCAAGUACGAAGUCGUCUUGGCCAACGGCACAUUGGUUGAGGCCACAGCCACCCAGAACUCUGACCUGCUGCGUGCUCUUCGCGGAGGUGGCAACAAUCUGGGCAUCGUCACCCGCGUGACGAUGAAGACACACGCCCAGGGGCUAAUGUGGGGAGGAACCAUGAUGCACCCUACCACGACACUUCACAACCACCUCUUGGCAUUCAUCGACUUCAACAAGGCCACUGGAUACGACGAGAAUGCCUCCCUCAUCACCAGUCUUGUCUACUACUACGGGAUCAGCCAUACCAUCUCAACUCAGAUGGCGUACACUGGACCCCCUUCGUCGUCGCCACCCGCUGCGUUCUCUGACUUUUUGAGCAUCCCAUGGGUCACAACCAACUACGCCAGGGUGAACUCCAUGAGAAACAUAACUGUCGAAGCAGGAGCCAGCAUUCCAGCAGUCUGCAACCUCCAAGUCCUCGGCGCGGCCUACCAAAUCUGGUGGGACUCCCACUCCUCGGUCCAAAACAUCCCCGGCAUCGUCUGGACCAUGACCUUCCAGCCCCUCCCCCCCAGCAUCUACAACCGCAACCCGACCACCAACUCCCUCGGGUUCAGCUCCCCCAGCCGCAGCAAUCAGCCCUUGGUUGUCAUCCAGCUGCUCGCUUCGUGGGCGAGUUCCCUCGAUGAUGCUUUUGUAAGGACAAAGGCGAGGGAGUUGUACGAUUCUCUUACGUCGGAGUUGGUGGCCAAGAGCGCGACGGAUCCGUGGGUGUAUCUGAACUAUGCGGCCGAUUGGCAGGAUCCGAUUACGGGGUAUGGGACUGGGAAUGUGGCUGCUCUGCAGGCGGCGAGGACGAAGUAUGAUCCGAACGGGGUUUUUACUAGUAGGGUGCCGGGUGGGUUCAAGAUUCCGGUUUGA